CCCACCCGGAACUCUCAGGAGCUUCGGGGGCGUGACGUGGAAUUCGCGACGGUUGUACUCUGCCGUGCUCGAAAACCAGAACAUUUUUUUUUAGUGUUGGACUACGUUUCCCACAGGCCCCAGGGCCACGAAUGGACUUCGCCUUUUGGUUCCGCUUCCGGUAUCUUCGUGGUUAUUGGGUUUUGCCUGGUGAGUUAAGGUGAUCCAGGUCGGGUUGCGGGAGGAGCUCGCGGUAUGGAGGUCCUAAGCUCCCGGGGCGCGGUUCUGCAAGAGAAGCCUCCUGAAGUAGAGGAGAGUGUUGCUACUUAACAGCGCGUUCAAGUUUUGACAGGGAGCAUGUCAUCGGAGCUCCUCACGCUGUCAUGGCAGAAAUGGAAUUCCCUGACCAAUUCCUUACAGUUCUAAGCAUGGACCAUGAAUUGGUGACUUUCGGAGAUGUGGUCAUCAGCUUCUCUCAAGAGGAAUGGGAAUAUCUGGAUUCGGCUCAGAGGGACUUAUAUUGGGAUGUGAUGAUGGAGAACUAUAGCAACUUGGUCUCACUGGAUUUGGAGUCCAAGUAUGACACAAAGUAUUUAUUUAAUGGAAAGGAAAUUAUUGAAAAUAAUGAUUUUCAGUGGAAAGUAACAGAAGGUAAAUUCAUUGGUUUGGAGAGCUCUAUUUUCAGAAAUGACUGGCAAAGCAAAAGCAAGACUGAAGUACAAAGACCUGAAGUGGGAUAUUUCAGCCAAAUAAAAAUCAGCUCUGAAAAAGUGCCAAAUUAUAAACAUCAUAAAUCUCUUAUAUCACAUCAGAGAAUUCAUGAAAGCAAGAAACCCUAUGAAUAUAAGGAAUAUGAAAAGGUCCUUAGCUGUGACUUAAGUUUUGAUGAAUGUGAGAGAAUACAUACUGGUGAGAAAACAUAUCAGUGUAAUGCAUAUUGGAAAACCUUUGGAGAUGACCCACAUACCCUACAACUGAACAUUCAUACUGGUGUAAAACCUUGUAAAUAUAUGGAAUAUAGGAAUCUAUUUAGUUUUUAUGAAGACCUUAGUAUACACCAGAAAAUGCAUGAUGAUAAGAAGUGCUAUAAAUGUAAGGAAUUUAAAAGGACCAUUAGAAGAGUUGAAGAAAUAACUCCACUAAAAAUAAUUCAUGAUGGUGAGAAAGCCUAUGAAUGCACUUUCUGUGGGAAAUCCUUUAGAGUGCAUGCACAACUUGCUCGACACCAGAAAAUCCAUACUGAUGAGAAACCUUACAAAUGUAUGGAAUGUGGCAAGGACUUUAGAUUCCAUUCACAGCUAACUGAACAUCAGAGAAUUCAUACUGGUGAGAAACCGUACAAAUGUAUACAAUGUGAGAAGGUCUUUAGAAUUAGUUCACAGCUUAUUGAACAUCAGCGAAUUCAUACAGGUGAGAAACCUUAUGCAUGUAAAGAAUGUGGAAAAACCUUUGGGGUAUGUAGAGAACUGGCUCGACAUCAGAGAAUUCAUACUGGAAAGAAACCCUAUGAAUGCAAGGCAUGUGGAAAAGUCUUUAGAAACAGUUCAUCCCUGACUAGACAUCAGAGAAUUCAUACUGGUGAGAAACCCUAUAAAUGUAAGGAAUGUGGGAAAGCUUUUGGAGUAGGUAGUGAACUUACUCGACAUCAGAGAAUUCACAGUGGUCAGAAACCUUAUGAAUGUAAAGAGUGUGGAAAGUUCUUUAGACUUACGUCAGCACUUAUUCAACAUCAGAGGAUUCACAGUGGUGAGAAACCUUAUGAAUGUAAGGUAUGUGGGAAGGCUUUUAGACAUAGUUCAGCCCUUACUGAACAUCAGAGAAUUCACACUGGAGAGAAACCUUAUGAAUGCAAAGCAUGUGGGAAAGCCUUUAGACAUAGUUCAUCCUUUACAAAACAUCAGAGAAUUCAUACUGGUAAGAAACCCUAUGAAUGUGAGAAAUGCGGGAAUGCCUUUAGUCCUGAAGCAGAUCUCCUUCAGCAUGAUCAAAUUCAUACUAGAGAGAAACCUCAUGAAUGUAAUGAAUGUGGAAAAACCUUCAGCCUGAAGGAAAACCUCAUAGAGCAUAAGAAAAUGCAUACUGGAGAAAAAUCACAUGAAUGUACUGAAUGUGGUAAAGUAUUCUCUCGAGUCUCAUCCCUUACUCUACAUUUGAGAAGUCAUAGAGGAAAGAAACCAUAUAAAUGUAAUAAAUGUGGAAAAGCCUUCAGUCAAAAGAGAAACUUCCUUUCUCAUCAGAAACAUCAUACGGGAGAGAAACUCUAUGAGUGUGGGAAAGCUUCUAUUCAGAUGUCAAGCCUCAUUAAACACCAGAGAAAUCAUACUGGAAACAAACCCUAUGCAUGUAAGGAAUGUGGAAAAGCCUUCAAUGGCAAAUCAUAUCUCACUGAGCAUGAGAAAAUCCAUACAGGAGAGAAACCAUUCGAAUGUAAUCAAUGUGGAAGAGCCUUCAGCCAGAAGCAGUACCUCAUUAAACAUCAGAAUAUCCACAGUGGAAAGAAACCCUUUAAAUGUAAUGAAUGUGGAAAAGCCUUUAGCCAGAAAGAAAACCUGAUUAUCCAUCAAAGAAUACAUACUGGAGAGAAACCUUAUGAAUGCAAGGGGUGUGGGAAAGCUUUCAUUCAGAAGUCAAGCCUCAUUAGACACCAGAGAAGUCAUACAGGAGAGAAACCCUAUAUAUGUAAAGAAUGUGGGAAAGCCUUCAGCGGCAAAUCAAAUCUCACUGAGCAUGAGAAAAUUCAUAUUGGAGAGAAACCCUAUAAAUGUAAUGAAUGUGGAACAAUCUUCAGGCAGAAGCAAUACCUCAUUAAACAUCACAAUAUUCAUACAGGAGAGAAACCCUAUGAAUGUAAUAAAUGUGGAAAAGCCUUCUCUCGAAUCACAUCACUUAUUGUACAUGUGAGAAUUCAUACGGGGGAUAAACCUUAUGAAUGUAAAAUAUGUGGGAAAGCCUUCUGUCAAAGCUCAUCUCUUACUGUUCAUAUGAGAAGCCAUACAGGUGAAAAGCCCUAUGGUUGUAAUGAAUGUGGAAAAGCCUUCUCUCAGUUCUCAACUCUUGCUCUACAUAUGAGAAUCCAUACUGGAGAAAAACCUUAUCAGUGUAGUGAAUGUGGGAAAGCUUUUAGCCAGAAGUCACAUCAUAUUAGACACCAGAGAAUUCAUACUCACUAAAGCUCGAUAAACGCCUUGAAUUUAGGAAAAGCUUCAGCAAAACUCAGACUUAAUGGUAUACCAGAAAUUCAUUUUAUAAUAAAGUGGCUUGAAUGUGGAAAAUACUUCAACAAAUCAAAACUUAAAUACUAACAAUUUUAAUAAGUAUCAUAGUUUAAAAACCUAUGCUCCCAGAACUCCCACAGCAAACAUUGUUAAUGAUGUACUUUUAGGAGCAAUCUCAUUGAAGUAAGUAUGGAUCCAGUCAUGGACACUAAGCAGCAUGGUUCUGGAAGGCCUACCUGAUGCAUUAAGACAAAGAUAUGAGAGGUAUAAAGAUUUUAAAUUAAGAGACAAAAUUGUCAUUUUUAAAAUUUUUUGCUACAGAUGUAAUCAAAAGUAUUUGUUCUUGAUGCAUUCAUAGAAAUCAAAGAUUGGGACAGAAUAUUGUAUUCAGAAACAUGCCUUUAUGGGGAAUUGGUAAUUGAUAGAGAUGAUAUCAAAAGUUGGUAGGGGAAUUAUGGAUGAUUCAAAAAAUGGUCUCAGGGUAACUGAUUCUUCAUGUGGAAAAAAUACUGGAUCUCUGCCAUAGUAAUACAUUAAAGAAUUUAUUAUGAAAUCCAAAAGUAUUGUAAAGACCAGAAUGCAAAAAGCAAAACUUGGUAACAUAAGAAUUUUAUAGGAGAAUGUUUUUAAAACCUCCAGUAGGAAAGAAUUUCUAAAAUAGAUUCCAGAACACACACUCUUGAGUGUACAUGCAUAUACCCAAGAAACCGAUACAUGUACUUAAGUUAGGGAGUCAUGUAUCUUUAUGUUCAUUGCAGCAUGAAUUACAGUAGCAAAAAAUUGGAAACGUGUGUUGCUUGUGAAAUGGAUAAAUACAAUGUGAUAUAGGCACACGGUAGAAUAUUCUCUAGUAGUUAAGUAUAACAGAUUAUAUAUAUAAAUAGAAAGACCUGAAAAAUCAUGUGGCGUGAAAAAAAUGAAGAGAUCAAUAUGUUAUAAUCGUUAGCUCUGUGAAUUUGAAUGAAAUCAACACUAUUAUUAAGCAUUAGUCAUGGAAGAACAUUUUUAUGGAACACUGAAGAAUGGAUUGGAAGGAUACACACUCAUUUCCCAAAAGUGAUUGCCUCUAGAAAGAAAGGUAGCAGAAAAGAAAUGGGACCAAGCAUGGUUGUUAAAGGAUAUUUCAGUUUUGUAUCUAAAUACCAUCAUUAAAAAGAAAUAAAGAUUCCAACUAAAUAUAACAAAAUGUUAGUUAACUCUGGGUUGUGGUAAUAUAUGUGUUCUAUUGUUUGUGCUAUUCCUGAAAAUUAAAAAAGAUAAAGAUAGGAGUAGGAAAGUUGUACAUGCAGUACAUGUAAUAAUGGACUCACAAUCCCAGGCAGAUGCUACUAUUUUAUAGAAAAUAUUUCUAAAAUCAUACCUUUAUUAGAAGUUAUUUUUUUUAAUUGGAUGGUAGCUUAGCAUGUCACAUCACUAAUAUGUGUGGUCUCAGAAAUUAAAGCAUGAUUCUGCAACAGGUUAAGUGAGUUACAUACAUUUAAGAAUCAUAUGAUUUAAUAAUACUUGCACAGACUUGAUACUAAGAACUAGUUUUUACUGAAACAUAAGAAAUUUUAAGAGUCCACAUAACCAGUAUUAGCAUUAAUAAUUUGAUAUUUUUUAAAUGAAGAAACCAAGUUACUCUUAAAUUUUUAAAUAUGCCACUGAGUAAAACUUCAAUUCUUGCAUUUUACCUUCAAUUUUAACCUCAGACAUUUUUAUUCUCUCUUCUGCCAGAUAUAAUUGAUAAAUCCCGUUUGUUUGUUUCUUUGGUGAAAAUGGUGCUAAAAGAGAUCUGAGACCUAAACAGUAUUGUUUUAUGUGAAGCAAAUCUUUUUGCCAAUUUUUGUUUACUUGAUCCCUUUCUACAACAACUUGACACAUAAAGAGUUGUUAAUGCUCUUUUUGAACAGUGAUAAAAAUGAGUAUGCAAUAUUUAAACCUUAGGCAUAUGUCAAAUAUAUCAAUUUCUUUGAAAUACAAAAUAAUGAAAUGCUAAUAAAACCAUAGUACUACACCACUUAUUAGCAGUUUUGAAGAUUGGUCUUAAGAUUAUAAGUUCCAGGGGUUGUUUAUGUGUUUACAUGAAUCUAAAUUAUCCUCUUUUCUUCCAUUCUUCAUUAAACAUUCCCCUUGUAUUUCUUAAGUGUUUUGCCCUUCGAUUUGUACAGCUUUGAAGUCACCAGAGCAAUUUAGAACUCUUAAUUCGAACCAAACUAGGAGGAUUACCUUUUGGUGCCUGCAGUGGGUUGGUGCCAAGGUGCAACAAUGAUUACGAUAGAUAGAGUAAGAUGAGUAACAUCUGUGAUACUGUAUACUGUAAAUUUACUCUGAUAUUCCCUACUGAUUCAACUUGUUGCUAGUUAUUUGCCACCACAAACAACCCUACAGUAAACAUUUUUUUUUUUAACAUUCUUAAAAUCAGACCUUAAAUUUCAGAUGUUUUUAUUUCUGAGGCAAAAGAUUGUUAGAUUAAAGGACAUAUACUAUUUUUUAAUUUUAAUAGAUAAUAUCGGUCAUUUUCAGAAACACAUCUUUCCUCUAACCCUGCAAUAGAUGGUAAUAUACUACUUAAAUUUAUGUUUGUCUGAUGAGCAUACACCUCAACUGCUCCUAGAUUUGCUGCUUUGUAAAUUUUUGCAUUGUUGGCUCAUUUUCCUAUAGGAUUAUUUAUCUGUCAAUUUUGAAGACCUCUUUAUAUGUUAGACGUUAGGAAUUUGCCUAAUUUUUGUCAUAAAAAUAUUUUUCCAUAAAAAUAUCUUAAAUUUCUGUGUAAUCGAUAUGUAUUUUUUCUAAGCUUACGGAUUGGUUAAAAAGAUAGUUUAAUCUCUGGAUUGUAUAUGUAAUUUUUCUUAGGUUUUCUUGCAAGUUGUUUAUUGUUUACUUUUUUCAAUAUGUAAAUAUUUAAUAUAUCUAGAAUUUAUUUUUUAAUGUCCUAUAAAAUGAAGAUUCAUUGUUAUUUUCUUCCAGAUGGGUUUCCAGUUAUACAAGCACAAUUUGUUAAAAUAACCCAUCUACUCAGCAGUCAGUCACAUAGUUCUGACACCAGUCUGCGGUGUCCACCAACAGCAAUCACAGAUUUGAACUGGCAAUCAAAAAAACAGAAUAGGCUUUAACCCAACAUUAGGUUUAUUAUUAGCUUUGUCCUGAUCAAAACAACAACAACAACAACAACAAAACCACCUUUACAAUACUGCAACUACCCAAGCAAAGAUAGAUUCGAGGACCUAUGUACUGCUGAAGGGAGAAAAGGUCAGAAUGGGUGCAGUUCACCUAAACCCUGGGAAACAACGUUCUCACCCAGGAUAUCUUACUAUAACCCACCACUGUAUCUGCAUGGUGUACCCCCAUCACAUGGGGCACACCCAGUUGUAAGACUGAAACCCACUUAAGCACAGGGAAGCUGCUCCCUUGUUUUCCCAAGACUUGAUACCUUAGUCAUAUAGGCUAGCCAUGUCUUCAUGCCAAUUCACAGCUCUUCCCUCAUCUACGUACAGGAUACAAAUGAAUCUACAGUAGUAUUUUCUUCAAGGAAACUGGUAUGAAGGCAAAUCUAAGGUUCUCUUUCUACACAUGGGUCAGUAGGAAAGGCCUGUUGUUUUUACCAGUACCAUCCUUUUCCUAUUUAACUGACCCAGUUAUGUGAUCCUUUAACCAUAUGAUCUUUUCCUCAUUCAACUGAAACUGCUUGUAGUUUCACUUGUACCAAAACCUGUUUUGUAUUUUCAUUUCACUAAUUUAUUUUUCUACUUCUAUACUAAUACCAUAUUAACUGAUAAACUGAUUUAACACUAGCCUUACUGCAUUUUGAUACUGCAUAUUAGACCAAGUACUCGCUGUUUUUCAUAGUUUUAUUGGCUAUUCUAGUUUUCUUUCUAUAUAAAUGAAGAUGGUGUUCUCAAAAUACAAAAACUCUUUGAUAGUUGGAAUUACAUAAAAUUUAUAUAUUUAUUUUGAGAGAAAUGACAUUUUUUAUUUUAAGUCUUCCUGACCCAAAUUGUAGUGUGCCUUUGCAUUUCUUCAAACUAUGAUCAUGUCCUUCAGCAUGAGAGUUCUGAACAAAGUAAUCUGAAUGCCAUCCCUGCUUAAUAUUAUAUUAGAAAAAGUUUGUUAGUUGGGUGAAUAAGAAAAAUUCCUAUUAUGGACUAAAUGUAGCCCCCCAGAAUUCAUAUGUUGAAGCCCUGAUUUCUAUUGUGAUGGUGUUUGGAGAUGGGGCUCUAAGGAAGUAAUUGGGUUUGGAUUAGGUCAUGAAGGUGGGACACUCAUGAUGGGAACAGUACCUUUAUAAGAAGUGGGAGAGAGAUUAUAAGAACAUAAAGAGAUUUCUUUCCAUUUGUAUACACAAGUCCUGUGAGUGCAGGAGUUAUUUCUGUAGACAGAAAGAAGCUGUCUACAUACUAGGAAUUGGACCUUCACAGGAUUUGCCAGCACUUUGAUCUUGGGAUUUCCCAGCUUCUAUAACUGUAAGAAAUAAAUGUCUGUUUAAACCA